UUUCAAGUCAUCCUCUUGUGAUGAAACCUAAACAUUUAAAAUAAACCUGCUCAGGAACAUGGAAUCGUCCCUCUUGAAUACGUUGCGUUAGCCUUCCCUGCCGACAAUGCCAUCUCUUUGCGCGCCAAAGCGAGCCAUCUUUUUGACUCCAGCGCACGUUCCCUAUUUCGUCCGACCCCUGUUUAGUAGGAUCAAACCUUGUUCAUCACCUCAAACUCCAGCCAACCUUCUCUUACCCCCUUCUACGGAGUUACAAAUCCUCCCUUUCCCUCCCACAAUCGUCCAAAAUGUCAGACGACGAAGCCGACCCAGAACUCCUUGCCCUUCUCCGGCAGCACCUGCAGGGAAAACUAACCCUGCACGACGGGCCCGAGACAGGGGUCCUCCAAGGCGCAGAGUAUGUUUACGACAACGCCAUCGACGUCGCCAUCGACAUGCGCGCUUGCAAGAAUGCAGCGGCCGUUAUCUACGCGCAGAUGCAGCAGAAGGGGUACUCGCCGGCGACGUGGGCCGCCCACGAGCUGCAUCCGAGCAGGGCGGAACUCGGCGACGACGCCAUGGUUGCCUUCGUUUUCACCAUGGACUUGCUCAACUUCUCGUUUUGGUCUGAACUGCCAGAGGCGGAGAGGUUUACGAUUGAGUACCGCGGAAGGCGCUGGACGGGGUAUUGGAGCCUGGUGGCUGCGCUGCGGCGGGCGUUGGAUGAAGGGAUUCCCAUUACGGACUCGCACUUCUGGCAGGAUGAAGAGGAGUGCACAUUGGACGUCUUGAGACAUGUUUUCAGGUCCUGUACAAACGAAGAGAUGCCACUGCUGGCCGAGCGGCUCGCCUGCCUGCGUGAAGCUGGGCAGGUGCUGUACGAAAAAUAUGAAUGCCACCCUGCAAACCUGAUUGACGAGGCAAACGGAUCAGCUGCCGCAUUGGUCAACCUGCUGGCCCGGGACUUCAAGUGCUUCCGCGACGAGCACGUCUUCGAGGGGCGGCGGAAACCGAUCCGUAUCCUCAAACGGGCACAAAUUUUGGCCGCGGAUUUGUGGGCCUGCUUUGAGGGGGAGGGCUACGGAGACUUUUGGGACAUUGACAAGCUCACCAUGUUCGCCGACUACCGCGUGCCCCAGAUCCUUAACAGUAUGGGGUGCAUCUCGUACAGCCCUCCGCUGAGUACCGCAAUACGGACGAAGCGCGACAUUCCGUCUGGCUCAAACUGGGAGAUGCAGCUAAGGGCAUGUAGCAUAUGGUGUGUGGAACUGAUCCGCAGGGAGAUCGUCAAACAGAAUCCCGAUUGUCGGCUAAACGCCAUCCUCAUCGACUUCUUCCUCUACGACACAAUAAAGGAGAUGGAAGCCGCAGGGCAGGAAACCGUUCCCCAUCAUAGGACGAGGAGUAUCUGGUACUGAACCAAGUCCGCAGUAUUCCAGAGUCAACCCGUCGAUAGCCAGUUGCCAGUGUGCCCGAUCCAGAUAGAUCUAGACAAACCUCCCGCAAUAGAGCAAAAGCAAGAUAGACAAAU